GUAACGGCAGCGCUAGUAAGGUGUAAAUUUUCAGGUCAUGACUACGCAAGGAAGUUCUCCCGAGAUGCCGGCAGAAUCUCUUAGUGAUGACAAGAAGUUUAGUCGCCUAUGACGGCUACAUGCACCGUACAAGUUAUUAACUUAAUCAUUAACUAAACGAGUUUUAGUCAUUACCCAAACUGUCGGUGGCAUGCCCCAUGCAUGCCCCAUGCAUGACCUGAGUAACCGUAUAACGUCCGGAGGUUAGUGUUAGUUGAGUGGGAGUCUCCUGGUAGUCAUUGGAUUCUUCUGAAGACGGUGAAACCUUGAAGUUAUGCCUGCGAACGAAAGUUCUUCUGGGAUGCCGGCAGAAGAUCCUAGUGGGGAGAAGUUCAGCCGGCCCCGAUGGCGGGUUGUUCUGAUCGCGGCGUGUGCCGUGGUGGCGGCUCUGCUGGUUAUCAUCGUGCCCACCGCCGUUGUGCUGACCAGGACGGACCGGCUCCACCCCGUGUGUCCCGCCAUGGACGAGCGGGAGAGGGUCGACUGUCACCCCGAGGGGAAGGCCACCAGGCAUCGGUGCGAGGCGCGGGGCUGCUGCUGGAGCCCUCCGGCCGCUCAGGGCCCGCCCAGCUGCUUCUACCCGACCAACCACGGCUACGAGCUGGACGGGGAGGUGGUGAAGACGGCUACGGGCUACAGGGCCAGGCUGCGCCGCCUGAAGACCCCGACCAUGUACGGUGACGACGUCGAGACCGUAGAAGUGUUGGUGGAAAUGCAGGAAGAACACAGAAUACAUGUGAAGAUCCUAGACCCCUCCUCGGCCCGGUACGAGGUUCCCGAGGCGGCCCUGAGGGUCCCCAGACCCGGGGAGGCGGUGGACAACCCCAUGUAUGACGUCACCUUCACACACCGGCCCUUCAGCAUCAAGGUCACCAGGGAAAGCACCGGGACAACAAUAUUCGACACCUCGGUGGGAAAGCUGACGUUUUCUGCCCAGUUCCUGUCCGUGUCCAGCCGGCUGGCCAGCCCUAACCUGUACGGACUGGGGGAGCACGUCCACAGGCGCUACAGGCACGACCUCAACUGGAAAACUUGGCCCAUCUUCGCCAGUGGUGCCAACCCUUUUGGGAACUAUGAGAACCUUUACGGCCACCACCCGUUCUACAUGUGCCUGGAGGAUGACGGGAAGGCGAACGGAGUCUUUCUCCUCAACAGUAACGCUAUGGGUACGUCAUCUCCAAGCAGAUGUGUGGAUGGUAAAUGUAGAGUGUGCCUCGGACCCUCCCCGGAAAACGUCGUGCAGCAGUAUACAGAGCUGAUCGGCCGUCCCGUGAUGCCUGCGUACUGGGGCCUGGGGUUCCAGCUGUGCCGAUGGAACUACACGAAUACCGCGGGCCUGCGGGAGGUCAUAGAGAGGAACAGGGCUACCGGUAUUCCUUACGACGUCCAAUACGGCGACAUCGACUACAUGGAAGACCGGAAGGACUUCACGUAUGACGCGGAUCUGUACCAGGGACUUCCGGAUCUGGUCCAAAACCUUCAUGAUCAUGGACAGAAGUACAUCAUUAUUCUGGACCCGGCCAUCACGAACUCAGAUCGGCGGGACGGGUCGCCCUACCAGCCGUACGAGGAAGGACUGAGGGAUGGUGUCUUCGUCAAGGCAGCUGACGGGGAGACAAACCUGAUUGGGGAGGUGUGGCCGGGGACCACGUUGUUUCCAGACUACACCAACCCCAGCACCACUGAGUGGUGGAACAAACACUGCCAGCAGUUCCACAACGUCAUUCCGUUUGACGGCCUGUGGAUCGACAUGAACGAACCAAAGAGUUUUAUGAACGGGUCUAACAACGGAUGUGAGAGCAACAGGUGGAACUAUCCUCCUUACAAACCUGCUAUUGUGGGCAGCAUCAUGUACGACCUGACGCUGUGUAUGGACGCCCAGCAGUCCUGGGGGAAGCACUAUGACGUACACAGUCUGUACGGACACAGCAUGGCCAUCGCGACCCGAUCGUGA